AUGUGUGUUGAACCCUUUGGUGCAGGGAGUGCCGUCUGCCCACGAAAAGUUGAUAUCGAGGAGUUGGAAAGACUCUCUAAAAAGGGUUCAAGUACUGCAUGGGCUACAAAUGCUCUCACACCAACCGAGGCUCCAGCCAGCAGUACAA